GUUUCUGGUUCACUUUUAGCGUCUGUUCCUUAGUUGUUCACGGGCAGGAGGGCUGAACACAUAUCCCUCACUGCAUGAACCCAGACACAGACUGGCCUGGAGACAGACUGUAGGUGAAAGGGUUCAGUGAACAGGGGAAGAUUACCGGCCACCCAGAACUUCCCCAGCAUUGCUGCCACUGUGGCCUCCCACCGGAAGGUGACAGAUCCACGGUCUGUUGCCCACAGUUACAGUAUGUCGCUGUGGCAUUUCCAGGGAAUCCUUUGGGGACUUGAGGAGGGGCAAUAACAUCCAAAGGUUUAUGGUAUUAGGAGCUGAGGAGCUGACGGGAAACAGGGGAACAGCUGGUGUGAUGCAGGAUGUGUUUGACACAGUAAUGGCUGUGGACAUACACUGCUGGGCAUGGAGUCUGGCACCUUGUCCUCUCAGAACUAUCCAGGCACCUACCCCAGUAACACUUGGUGUAAGUGGAGGCUUCGUGUGCCAGAAGGCCACACGCUGCGACUGCUGUUUGGGGAUUUUGAUGUUGAGAACAGUCCUGGCUGCAGCAAUGGCUCUGUUGUGAUCACAGACAAGAAUGGGGAACCCAGUCUGGGUCCAGUGUGUGGGAAGCUUGAUGCAUCGCAGAAGAAUGUGUCACUUAAAAGCAAUGAAGUGACAAUAACCUUCAAGUCAGGCCCACACCGCUCUGGACGAGGGUUUCUACUGUCCUAUGCCACAGACCAGUAUUCAGAUCUCAUUUCUUGUUUGCAACGAGGAUCUCAUUUUAGUUCAGAGCAUUUCAGUGUGUACUGCCCUGCUGGAUGUAAGAAUGUCACAGGGGACGUGUGGGGUAACUCUGAACAUGGUUACAGAGAUACCUCAGUUCUGUGCAAGUCUGCUAUCCAUGCUGGAGCUGCAUCUGAUAAUAUGGGAGGUCGUGUCGCUGUGACUCGUGGGAGAAGUCUUACACUCUAUGAAUCCACCUUUGCCAAUGGAAUCCUUUCUAAAAUGGGAUCAUUAUCUGAAAAGAAGCUGCUGUUUAGCCAAGAAUGCAACGACAUCCUGGCUGUUUCUGGUUUUAAUGCCUCAUCUUUCUGGAACAUAAACAGUCAAGAGCACAGAAUGUUCUGGUCCUCCCGAAACAUGGGUUCUAGUCAUGAGUUCCUACCCUGGGCAGCGGACAGUAACGAUCCCAGCCCGUGGUUGGAGCUGGAGCUGAGUGAUAGACGCACUAUCACAGGAAUAAUAACAAUGGGAUCAAACGAGUACUACACAGAAUCCUUCAUUCUUCUUUUCAGCAAGGACAGAAAGAAUUGGAAGCUUUACAAAGGUGCUCUCAGCAGAGAAAAAAAGGUGUUUCAGUCCUAUACUGAUGGCCACCUCAGGGUUCUCAACAGCUUGUUUCCCUCUGUGGUGGCUCGGUUUGUUCGGCUACAGCCACUGAACUGGCAUGGCAGAGCUUCAGCUCAGGUCCAGGUCCUGGGUUGUCCUGUUGCAAAGAUGACACCAAGGUCCCGCUCAACUGGAAAAUCUCCGUCCAUCAAAGUUAACAUGGGUACACCACACCCAAGCCCCUCACCCACCCCCGCAGAGGGCCCAGUGUUAGUGGAAACAAAACUGAGCACCAGUCAGCCAGUGAUAGUGGCCGUGGGAGUGGUACUGGGGUUGAUAAUGUGCGGCAGUUGUUUGUUGGCUGGAAUCUGGUGGAAGCGAAGAAAAAAAGAUUCACAAAUGAAGUACUCCUUACCCGAAAGUUGUCAGAGUUUCCAGGCAAAGAGUCUGCCCUGCCCACAAUCAGAGCUUAUCUCCUACCCUCUGGAGCGAAAUGUCCAUGACGCUCUACCUAGCCCCCCUCUCAAUGACUAUGCAGAGCCUGCUGUUGCAGCUAUUGGACAGAAGGUUGGGUCGACAUUUAGACCCUCCGUAGAUGAGGGCUACACCACCCCCUUCAUCUUGAACCAUUAUGACACUCCUGGCAACCUGCCAGAGUAUGCUGAGCCACUUCCCCCAGAACCAGAGUAUGCCACCCCAUUCAGUGAGCAGCUCUCCGAGUCCAACCUGCAGACUUUGACAGGGAUGCUUCACAACAAUACGCAUAGACCUGCUAUACUAGCACCUGCCACUGGUGCCAGGACAACAUCCAGCCACGCUCAGUAUGACUGCCCCUCACACAGGGUGCUGUCCAACGGCUACUGCACUCCUGCUCUACAUGCUAGUGGCCCACGACCAGUCAGCGUGGUCUACGCUGAGCCCAAGUCAUGUGACUCCUUACCGAUGAAGCACACAUACGAGGAGCCUUUGUGAGCACAGCAAGCUUAGACACACAGAAAAAAGAUUCUAAAAUGUGCUUUGGGACCAGAGGACCACUUGGAGUGAUCUCAAGUGGACGCUAAGCUGGACAGUGUUGUCCAGAGUGUACUAAUGCUGACAGAGCUGAACUUCCAGUAAGGAGUCACUUUGGACCAUUAUGCAUAUAUCAGGGUACACUACUCAGAGUACAGAAUAAUCUGAGAGCCAUAUGGACACAGAUAUUUUCUCCCAGGAAGUAUGUAGUUGUACAGUGGAAAUAUCCUGUGAUGCACAAAGAAAAUCCAGGUUCAGUCGUGUCUCAGAGAUACUGUUUAUUGAUGUAAUGUUUAAUCACAAGCUGCACUUUCAGAAAUACAUACAGAAAUGUAUGCUUCAGUCUAUUUAACAGGUUAAUGCAAAAAAAAUGAAUGUUACUUGUCUUCACAAUGUACAAUUUCAACAUGUUUUUGUAAAAAAAAAAAAAAAAAAAAAACAACAUUUAAGAAGCACUAUAAAUGAUACACUGUAACUAAGUGGUUAAUAUGUUGUAAUGAUCAUAUUUAACCACUAGGUGGCUCUCUUUGAACACCUAACAAUAAUGGAUUGCGUACUUUGUGUGCCGGUUCUCAUUCCUUAGAUGACCGUCAUUCAUUUCUAACAUACAUAGUAAAGUAAUCAAAGAUUGGUUUAAAAUAAAUGCUUGGAUUAUAUUAUAACACAGAAAGGCACAACAGUCUUCUAUAACGAUGGAGGACUUAACAUGGACUAAUGCCUCUGUGAUUCAACCUACUCCAAUGCCCUACAGCAAGACACAUACAACUCGACCAAAUUCCAGAACUGUUGUCAUGUUGUUGCCCACCAGUCUGGAAAAGAGACUACUUUUUCUCUGAGGGUGUUCACAGACCUCCUAUAUUAGAGAGGAGAGUGCCAGAAAACCAUAUUAAAGAAAGAUGCCAGUG